AUGUUCUGUACAUAAGCAGUUCAUAUAUAUGAUCGGAACUUCAAGAUAAACGGUAUAUACAUAUAUGGAUGAUGUGAGACAAAGCCCCACGGUUGAGACCCAAGAUGUCACUGGUGGAAUCUAUGGCUUCGGUGAGCGGUGCUUUCGAUACUAUACCCAUUAUCGAUAUAGGACAUGCGUCGACACCCAAGGAACGGGCUGCAUUGGCUCAGCAGAUCAGGGAGGCAUGCAUGAGUGUUGGGUUCUUUUACAUCAAGAAUCAUGGUAUACCCGAAGAGACAAUCGACAAGGUUCUCUCGGCCAUGAAAGCUUUCUUUGCUCUCCCAACUGAGACGAAGAUGAAGCUUCACCAUAGAAAAGGCCCACAUUACAGAGGAUACGAGCCCCUUUUAGAUUCCAACAUCGACCCAGCCAACAGAGGUGAUCUGUACGAAGGUUUCGUAAUUGGCAAGGAAGAUCUGGUACCAAAGGAAGACGAAGACAACGAAGCAGGUGACGAUACCACGGUUAUUGAAAAUCUCUGGCCCUCGGAACCCGCUGAGUUCCGUGAAGCCUUCGUCAAUUACUACCACGCAGCUUUUGGUGUUGCAAAGGACCUGUACCGCCUCUUUGCCCUUGCAUUAGAUCUCCCUGAGACGUACUUCGAUGACAAGUUCAAGCGUUGCCCAAUCAUGCGGGGACUCCAUUAUCCCCCCCAAACAGGUCCCGAAGACGAUCGUAUCAUCGGAAUCGGUGCCCACUCAGACUUUGAGUGUUUUACCAUCUUAUGGCAAGAACCUGGCAUUCAGGCCCUCCAGAUCCUGAACUCGGAGAAGAAGUGGAUAAAUGCCACGCCAAUUCCCGGUACCCUGGUCAUCAAUAUCGGCGACCUGCUUUCACGAUGGACGAACGGCAUAUUUAGGUCAGCCGUGCAUAGAGCGAUCAAUAGGAGCGGCAUCCGUCGUUACUCUAUUCCGCUGUUCAACGGUACGGACCCCCACGUGGAGGUCGAGCCCCUACCAACUUGUGUAUCCGCUGAGAGACCGGCCAAAUACGAAAUCAUCAAUUCAGGAGAAUACGUCCGGAAGCGCGUUCAGGAGAUGUACCAAGGAAGUUUCACCAGCCCCAAUGGUACGACUGGAAACGAUGAUGGACAAUAAAUCGUUUUAUAUACAUUGCUGAGGCAGUAAAGAGUAUCACGGAAUCGCCCUGCAGGAACCACAUGUCGCACUCUCGACAAUAUCGCCCGUCACGAUUGUAUGGCCUAACCGAAGCUCUCAAUGAUUUCGAAAGUGGGAAGCCUCAGAAAGGUAACGGGUCUCCCGUGUGCAGGGCCACGCUGUCAGGAAUGCAGGCAGAAACCACGGGGGCAUGACUUCGGAAGAAGCGGGCCGCCACCAUUAGCGACCCACUGUACAGUGUGAAUGAUAAAGGACAAAUAACCGGGAAGAGAAAAUCUUGAAUAC